AAUCAGUGCAGCUUGCUUCUUACCAUCGUCUCUUGAUCGUCUCCAAGGACAAGAUGGAAGAGCUCUUGACAAACCCCGCGAAGUACAACAUUGAAGAUUCAAAUAUCGCGCUUUUGGGUUCCGAUUUAGAAAAGAAUGUCAGAGAGCAUGCGGGGGAUAACGACCCCGCUUGGGACCAAGCAGGCAAGAAGCCUGCGUUGCGUAUAUGGCGGAUAGAGCAAUUCCACGUUGUUGAUUGGCCCAAGGAGCGUUACGGUUCAUUCUAUGAUGGAGAUUCUUAUAUUGUACUACACACAUAUAAGACGUCGCAGGACGCAGAAGAGCUUUCAUACGACCUGCAUUUUUGGAUUGGUGAGAAUAGCACGCAAGACGAAGCCGCAACUGCCGCUUACAAGACCGUUGAGCUCGAUGAUCAUCUUCAUGGUCUCCCGAUUCAGUACCGCGAAGUACAGGACUUCGAAUCGAGCAAAUUUCUAUCCUAUUUCCCUCGCUUCAUCUCUUUGAAAGGCGGUGUAGCGACAGGCUUCCACCAUGUAUCUGCUCCGCCGCCUGAUAACACGAAGAGAUUAUACAGAGUCAGUGCGACUGGACAUCAGCUCAUCAUUCGUGAGGUACCGCCAGAAGGCUCAAGUCUCGUCCCUGGGGAUGCCUACGUUCUAGACAUGGGGAACAAGGUCUGGCAACUGAACACGAAAGGAAGCGUUGGCAAGGAAAGAUUCAAAGCAGCCGAGUUCGUGACGGUUUUGACAAGUGAGCGACAAGGUUCUUGUUGGGUUACUGUGUUCGAUGAGGGCGGACACGGAGUUGGCGUAUUCCUGUCUGAACUUGGCCUGGAAGCCAUACCCCCUCCUGCCCCUAAGGAAACCAUUUCUAACCCAUCUGCAUCCUUGUAUCGUCUUUCGGAUUCCACUGGUGCAGUUGAAUUCACGUCUGUGAACCUCAGUCGAUCGUCUUUGGAAACGCAAGAUGCCUUCCUGCUGGACGAUUCCUGUAACCCGAACGCACAUGCAGUGUAUGUUUGGCUAGGGAAAGAAUCCUCUCUACGGGAGCGUCGACUCGCACUGCAGUACGCGCAGCAGUUUUUGUAUAAGCAUGGUGCAGGAGCUCGGGCGCAUGUAGCGGUGACUUUGGUGAAGAUCACCCAGGGACGAGAGACGGAUGUAUUCCUGCACGCCCUUGGUGAAUGAACGGGUGCGUAGGACCUUGAAUGUAGUGGGUUCAUAAAUGACGAAUGAACCUGACAGACGUACUGGGCGGCUGCACCUUUAUGUGUGGUUAAGUCGAUAGCAAUUGAGCCACCACCUUACUCAUCUUCAUCUCCGGAUUCAGGAUGGCAUUGGUGGAUCUCAAAGACAUUCCCGUUACUCUCAGGCUCGACCUAGAGUAUUCGCACACUUCUGAAACGACGCACGGGUCAAAUAAUGCGAUAGUUUCUUCGUCAAAAUCUUCCUCCUGCGGGCCCAUUGUGCCCCUCUCAGAGAAGUUAGAGUAUGGACGAAGCGUCGAUGCUUGUGCUCAUUCGUUGGCCUUCGAUGCCAUGUCUAUGGUAUUCCCCAAAGGUCUGAAUGACAUGACAAUGAGGCUGAGAUUCCCAUUGAUACGGCGACUACGCGACGAACGAAGAACGAGAAACGGCGGGGGCACCUGGCAGAGAGAGACCCAGACGGUGCGGAGAAUGAUGCAUGAUGGAUGAUCAUAGUCUCCCAAUAUUGGGUUGGGUCAAUAAUUUUGAGUCCAUGCUGAGUCAUAUCCAAGUAUUUGUUCCUCGAGCUCUACAAGUACUCCGAGCAGGAUGUUCUGCACGUUUAUUUCUCACCGUAGUUUUCUCUUUCCUCUUCACGCAGAUUCGUACUGGCCUUCCGUCCAUUGUCUCGCUCGUGUCUACACGUCC